CGCUGACAUUAAGCACGUUGGUGUCGCUGUCGCUCGCAGCGCCUCUUUUGUUAGUCCACCGCGUGGAUAUCUUCACCCUCCGUCUCGCGCUGCCACCUCCAUCUUUAUCAGUCGUUAACUCCUUAUAAUGGCUGAGAACCCGCAAGAAACGCACAUCCAGGACCAAGAGGAGGACAAGGCUGAUAACUCGAGCUCCGACGACGACUCGUCCUCCUCCAGCUCAGGCUCCUCCUCCUCCUCUUCAUCGUCUGAUUCUGAGUCGGAAGAUGAACCCGAGGCUGAGAAUGCCGGCACCGACGCCAACUCGACCAGCACACACGCCACUCCACCUGGAGGCAUAAGCAACCGCACGAGCCACGGCUACGCCAGCAAUUCGUCGGGACCGGCACUAUCUGCCCCGCGUCCUCACGGACUGGCAGCUAAUACUGAGACGCUGAAUGUCAAUUCGACUCGUGCAGCGGCCAGAUUUAAAGCUGCGGAACCAGGGGCGAUGAUGAUGCCCCUGGGCACGCGUAGACGAGACCGACGCACCAUUGAGGAAAUCCAGAGAGAUCUAAGGGACAAGAGGAAGAAACCUCUGGGCACGCCAGCAGCGAAGUCUAGUCCUCCUCCUCCUAGAGGCUCACCUGUGCGGUCUCCGGAAGCUGAAGCGGUGGUCAAUAGUGGAGCACCGAUGACUGUAGGUGGCCCGCUGGGUACAUUUGGGACGGCAGGACGACUGCCAGUAACCGGUAAGCGGAAAGCACAGUCGGCACAUGACAGAUUGGCCAUGAAACUCAAUGGACGAAAAACAACAAAUGCUAAGGCGAAAAAGACGCCCAACUCGACUGCUGGAAGCAAAACGGCGCCGCCUGUGUCAGUGAUGACGAACAAAACGAAACCCAUGACAGCCACAAGUUCGGCAGGCAUGACGACAGGAAACAGCAGUAGCAGCGAGCAUGGAGGUGACGCUGGAGGCGAAGGGUACAGUAGCAGCGUUAGCAGAUCCUCGGCACCAGCAGUAGAUGGCAAGGUGGUGCGCGCGAUGUUGCGUGCCAUGCUUCGUUAUGGAGACCUGACCGAUGUGGGUCUAUAUCCGACAGCUGCCAAUUUCGCAGACGAGUACAAGAUGCCCAACUUUAUUGAACGCUCGAACCUUCAAACGACCACCAAGAUUUCCAUUGACCGCCUCGAUAGUCUUGCUAAUGAAGUUGCUCAGAAAGCCAAGCAGGCGGUUGAGGCACGACCGCCGCAUGACAACAUAAAGAUUGCCGAAGUUGAAGCAAGAUCGUCACAGAUUAUCGAGCGUCUUUACGAAAACCUGAAACUUCGUGUCGCUGUCCAACGCGCGUUGCGUACCGCCGGAUGCACUUCGGGUAACGCACAAGCGAAUGCUCAAGGUGCGUAUGUAUUAGUGGCGAAACAGAGCGAUCUGUCUGUUCUGGGUGUCAACACUCGAGAUUUACCUAGCUGGACAUGGGCUGAAAAGGAGCAUGAUUGGACGCAAUGCAAAGAUGCCGCAUUACUUCUCGGCGUCUACGUGCACGGCUUUGGAGGUUGGGAAGAUAUUCUCAACGACGAUUUACUUCAUUUCCAGAAGCAACGCGCUUUAAAGGGAGAGCGUCUAAAGAAACGUGCGGAGAACCUGCUGAAGCGAUUGCCAGCUCCUGAUCUUGAUGCUGGCGACCCGCGCAUUGUACAGCAAGCGAGCUCUCUUAGUUCGGCGGGUGCAAACUCGAACCAAUCGUUAGGUGCACAGUUCAGUGCUAUCAUUCACAGUGGGGCCAUUCCUGGUGUGACAGCAUGCAUUCCCGCUAACUCGGUUACAGGAGGGGGUAGAAUGGCCCGUGCCGCUGAACGAUUCGCAGCUCGGCAACAGAAUGGUGAAGAUGUUAUGGGCCGACGUCAUAUUGGAUCUAGCAACGGUACAGGACCUUCAAAUGGCCAGGGAGUGGAUUCGGGACGACAACAAAGAACCCCGCCGAUGAGAUCCCCAGCGCAAGUCAGUGUGGUUGACAACGAACCGGAAGAAGGCGAAAUUGGAGGUGCAUCUCCAGCUCAGUCGACGUCGUCACGACACAAGAGGCGAUCGUCAUCAGUGGAAGAUGAAAACCAGACAUCAUCCCGUAAGAAGCACCGCAACAACAGCAUUGAAAGCUCAAGCAAGAAAGAAAAACGAAAGAAAGAGCAGCAACGAAGUGACCGUAGUGAGACGAAGACCAAUAAGACUCCCGCGGUGGUGGCAAAUUCCAUGGCUGAUGUUACGCCGUUGCCGCUUCUCUCAACCGACGAAUGCUACGAGAAGUGGAAACCCAACAAAAAGCUGCGCGAGAUCCGUCAAGUGCUUAAAAAGAUGAAAAUUAUGGCCGAGUGGUCUCGCAACCAAAAGGACGAGACUGUUGUUGAGAAGGUGUUCAAGUAUGUGAGUACAAUUGGUGAAGCGAUCGAUCGAAUUGUUACGCAGCACCAGGACAAGACCGAAGAUCUCCAGCGGGAUGCGUCAUCUCACGAAGUUGACGAGCUCUGUACGUGUCUAUGGACGUAUGCUGCUGGUUUCACUCCUUUCACGCCACAAGGAUUCGAGCGGCUCUACGAUGAUAUUUGCGCCGAUGGCGACGCUCUCAUUGCAACGAAAUCGUAACUCACACUCGGACAAAGUUUAGGUGAUGUUUAAAACAGAAGAUUGCGUGUGCAAAUUUUGCACACGCAUUUAAUGGGAAAAGAUAACUUUAGCAAAACAAAAAACGAAAUGUGUAUCCAACUUAUGGGUGACAAACACUCGC